AUGUUCUCGCACUUUACGGAUCACUUGCAUGCCUUGCCCAUGGACAAGUUCGUGAGCAAAUCGAUCCUCGAGGCCAUCGACGAAGGCAAGAUCAAAGUGCCGAUUUGGGCUAUCACGGAAGACUGGAAAGUGAUGUACUCGCUACUCCACGCCGUGAACAAGUACAACAAGAUGCACAAGGAGAUUUUCGGGGACAUCGAGUUUUCUAUGCCAGCACCGCUUUCUGACGAGAAUCUCCAGCGGAUCAACAUGACAUUUCUGACGUACCUUGAAAGCAACGAGUUGCAUGCUCUGGCCGGCUUCCUCAUGUUCGCGCAUGCAGCUCAAGGCUAUGGCUACGUGAAAACCAUCCCUGCCUUCUACGGGCUCUGGUGGAUCAGCCCAGAGCUGCUGAACGGGUACGUUCAGAUGAGUUUCCGCGAGAAGUUGGAGAAAUACCUGAACCCGGAGUGCAAGUUCUACCAGUACGUGCGGGGCCUUUGGGUGGAUGCCGUUGUAACGCUCGCCGUUGGGGGCCACGCUGACCCUGUGAAGCGGACGACCCACAUGCUGCCUGAAGGGUAUCAAAAGAUCUGGACGACCAUGGCUGAGCACGAUGCAAUCGACGUCCGGUUUGGUGUUCAAAUUAAAAGCAUUGAUCGCCAGCUGCACGAUGAACUCGCUCCCGUCAUCAUCAAGUACACCCAAGACUCGUCGGAA